AUGAAGAUCACAGCCCCGGCCCUCGCUUUUCUCACGUCCACUGCUUUCGCCCUAGACCCUACAGUCUAUCGCGACCCUCUCGUCGGAAUAGAGAAACGUGCCAUCGUCGGCGCAACCGUCCUCGUAGACGGUCUACGUUACCGAACGUGUCCAAAGACGAGCUGCACAGCUCCGGGCCAGUACGCUAAAGGUACCAAGAUCAAGUUGAGCUGCUUUACCAGGACGGAUACGACUACGGUGAAUGGCGACAAAGGCUGGGCCAAGGUCUCUGGUGGCGUUGGUAAUGGAAGAUGGGUUGCAUUGGCUGGGGGCACGUACGUGACUUGGGAUGCACCAUUGAACGCUUGUUGA